UUUCCGGCCUUGCGCAGGCGCAGAAGGGGGGAUUGGCGCCGUUUCUCUGAGGAAGGCUUCCGCGUCGGUUGUUGCCUGGCCCUGGUGUCCGUUGGCAGAGCGGGCGGCGAGAGGCCUCGGCCGGCGAAGGAAGGAAAGCAGGGGGCGCGUCCCCUUCCGCCGGCGCCUUGAGAGGCCUGCUCGCAGGCGGGAGGCCACGGCGUCGCCCCCUCCUCCUCCUCCUCCUCCUCCUCCGCGGAUGUGUGUGGCCGCCCCGGAGCCCUCCCAGGCCUCGCGGGUCCGGGGUCUGCCGCCCGGGAGGGAGCCGCUCUGAUGACGGCCUCCUCCCUUGGCGACGCCUCCACCGCCGAGCACUGGCCUGGGCCUGAGCCGGGCUCCCCUCCUUCCUCCUCCUCCUCCUCCUCCUCCUCCCCCUCGUCUUGGUGGGCGCGAUGACCACCCCGGCCUUGCUGCCUCUGUCUGGGCGCCGCAUCCCGCCUCGCAGCCUGGGCCCGUCCUCCUCCUUCCCGCACCACAGGGCUACCUUGAGACUCUCCGAGAAGUUCAUCCUGCUGCUGAUUCUCAGUGCCUUCAUCACGCUGUGUUUCGGGGCCUUCUUCUUCCUGCCGGACUCCUCCAAGCACAAGCGCUUCGACCUGGGCUUGGAAGAUGUCCUCAUCCCUCACGUGGAGGCCGGGGAAGGGGGCAAGCAGGCCGGGGGGUAUCUGAUCCACGGGCAGGGCCGCGACCAGCACAGGCACAGGGAAGAAGAGGAACGCCUGAGAAAUAAAAUUCGUGCAGACCAUGAAAAAGCUCUAGAAGAAGCAAAAGAGAAACUGCAGAAGUCACAGGUUGAGAUACAAACAGAAAUUCAGACUGAGAAAAGCAAGAUAGCAAAGAGCUUGAAGAAUAAAAGCAACAAGCCUCUGCCACCAGUCCCGGUGCCAAAUCUCAUCGGGAUAAACGAUGGAGACCCAAUGGACCCAAACAUUCGAGAAAAAAGGGACAAAAUUAAAGAGAUGAUGAAACAUGCUUGGGAUAAUUAUCGACGAUAUGGAUGGGGUCACAAUGAACUGAAACCCAUUGGUAGGAAAGGACAUUCCACCAACAUAUUUGGAAAUUCUCAGCUAGGGGCUACUAUAGUAGAUGCACUUGACACCCUCUACAUUAUGGGCCUUCAUGAUGAAUUCAGAGAAGGGCAAGAAUGGAUUGACAAUCACCUGGAUUUCAGUGUGAAUUCAGAAGUAUCUGUCUUUGAAGUCAACAUUCGCUUCAUUGGUGGCCUGCUUGCAGCCUAUUAUCUUUCUGGACAAGAGGUAUUCAAGAUAAAAGCAGUGCAGCUGGCCGGAAAACUUCUUCCUGCUUUCAAUACACCUACAGGGAUUCCAUGGGCAAUGGUGAAUCUGAAAAGUGGUGUAGGUCGCAAUUGGGGUUGGGCUUCAGCUGGCAGUAGCAUCUUGUCAGAGUUUGGUACACUUCAUAUGGAAUUUGUACACCUGAGCUACCUAACUGGCAACCCUGUCUACUAUGAAAAGGUCAUGCAUAUUCGUAAACUGCUUCAAAAAAUGGACCGUCCUAAUGGACUUUAUCCAAACUACUUGAAUCCAAGAACUGGGCGCUGGGGGCAGCAUCAUACAUCUAUGGGUGGCUUGGGAGACAGUUUCUAUGAGUACUUGCUGAAGGCAUGGUUGAUGUCAGAUAAGAUGGACGUGGAAGCAAGGAAAAUGUAUGAUGAUGCUAUUGAGGCUAUAGAGAAACAUCUUGUCAGAAAGUCCAAUGGAGGGCUGACUUUUAUUGGAGAGUGGAAGAACGGGCACCUUGAGAGGAAAAUGGGUCAUCUCACAUGCUUUGCUGGGGGAAUGUUUGCACUUGGAGCAGAUGGUUCUCGAGAUGACAAGGCUGGGCAUUAUCUACAACUUGGAGCAGAAAUUGCACAUACGUGUCAUGAGUCAUAUGACAGGACAACAUUAAAGUUGGGUCCUGAAGCUUUCAAAUUUGAUGGUGGUGUAGAAGCAGUAGCAGUGCGACAAAAUGAAAAAUAUUACAUUUUACGACCAGAGGUGAUUGAGACCUAUUGGUAUAUGUGGCGAUUCACACAUGAUCCAAAAUACAGGCAAUGGGGCUGGGAAGCAGCACAGGCCAUUGACAAGUAUUGUCGAGUGAGUGGUGGAUUUUCAGGGGUCAAAGAUGUCUACUCCUCUGCACCUACCUUUGAUGAUGUACAGCAAAGUUUUUUUCUUGCUGAGACAUUAAAGUAUUUGUAUCUGCUGUUCUCCAGUGAUGAUCUCCUACCUUUGGAUCACUGGGUUUUUAACACAGAAGCUCACCCUCUGCCUGUUUUACAUCUAGCCAACACAACACUUUCAGGAAACCAUGUGUAUCGAUAGAGACUAUUCCAGGACGAGGACAAAACAUUUCGUUUUAGCUGUGUUUUGUUUACAUGAACCACUUAAAGGCUUGAGAGAAGACUGGCGACUAUUUAAUUAAUCAAGGCCUUUGAAUCAAGAAAGGAUCAAAACUGCACUCUUAAGCAUGUAGAUACAUUUAAAAAUUCCAUUUUAUACGUGACCAAAACAAACUAGUGCAGUGUGUGUCGGACAAAAGACCUUGUAUAUUUGCAACCAAGAUGGUGGAGCAUGAUGUUUAAGGAUUCAGAGACCAAGGGAACACUCUUCCCACCUAGUGACCGGAAUCAGCUGCAAUUGCUACAACUGGUCUUUGUAGUGAGUUGCCUCCUGCCCAGAUUAUGUGGAUUCCUGAUACUCUGUCAUUUGCUCUUUCUUUCGGUGAUGGCACAAGCAAAACAGUGACAAGCCACAGAGGCGUGCCCAGAUUUGAAGCUCCUUACUCUUGUUUUGAAUUUUCUACUUUUCAUCAGUCUGUGCAGACUGGCAGCCAUUCCCAGUGCCUCUUGAGACCCUUGCCUCUUUUUAUGAUUACUAUUAUUACUAUUGAUGAUGAUGAUGAGUCAUUUGUUCUUGUUCAUCAGUAAAUGAGAUAUGGAAUCAUCAACUUCUCACAAUCUGUCAUUUUAGGAUUUUUAAGAUUGUCCAUCUUGCAAAAGGUCAUGAAGCGUGGAGUUACUUUUUUCCCUUUUUUUGGCACAGUAUUCAAAAACAACAAAUAUUCAGUAAGAUAUAUCCAGUAAGAUAUUCUUUACAGUCUAAACCACUCUGAGUAAAAAGACUUUUACCUGGG